AUGAGCGGCAAAACGGCAUUCAUGGCCGGUGCGCCAGCUGCUAAGAAACCUACGACAUCUCCGCCUCCAAGCCUUACCGCUCCCCUGGAAUUCGAUGUGAAGGCGACAGCCAUGAAAGGUGCUUCCCCGGUGCCGACGAAGCGAGACCUUCCAACCUCGAAGCCCGUGACUUCGAAAGGCCAAGCCCAACCCGUGCAGCCCGGACCGGUAGAGACACCGAAGCAACCCGGACCGGUACAGACGCCGAAGCAACCCGGACCGGUACAGAUGCCGAAGAGUGCUGCCAAGCCUCUUCCAGCCGAAGGCAGCAGAACCAGCAGUCUGGCAGUCAUGGGCCGUCCGCCAGCCUCGGGACAAGCUGGCUUCCCGAAAGUGCCGGUGCCGAUAAAGCAAUGUCCCAACACACCCACGAAGCAAGCAGUGAAGAGCCAGCCAACAGCUGAUGAUGUUACCAUGGCGAGCCCACCUGUGCCAAAGGCCUCCCCAAAGCCGAGCCCAGCCAAGGAUGUGCACAUGUCGGGUUCUACGCCAACCCCUGCCAAAGUUGGGACACCUUUCAAGCCAGGCUACACGCCCGUCAAGAGCCCGGACUACAAGAAAGCCCGGAGGGCACUCUUUGAAGAUGCCGCCGAGGUGCCGGAAAGCUCUGCUUCGAAGCCUGAUCAACUGCCAGGCUGUCUCAUGAUCAUGCAUUGGGUGUCUGCCAAGUACAGCCAAAGCCAAGCUUCGCCGGCCGGGGUGCAGCCCAUCCGCAGGCCGGACAGCCUCACCACGGUGGCUCGCUCAACAAGCACUCUGGUGCUGGGGGACUUUCCGCGAGAGGAGGAGGACCCCUCGACAGGUGUCCGGAGGUUGAUCUUCGAGGGCUACUAUGGCAUGCCGUGCCAGGACAAGCAGUGGCCCCCUCUUGAAGAAGCUAUUCGCUUCCAAGACGCUUCGCCGAUGAUGUCCUGGAUCAAGGACGCCCUGCCUCGGCAUCCGCAGAAUGGUGUUGUGAUGGAGGAUGACAUCAGGACCGACUUGCUGAUGGACUCGGAUGGCCUAAAGUACUUAAUGCUACUCGUCAACGGAGCUUGGACAAAGGUUUCUGAGUAUGAGGCUCUGAAGGCCAAAACCGCAGCCGUGGCAGAGGCAGUCCACAACCAAGCCGAGAACAUGAUCCAGAAGCUUCGGCAACAGUUGGACAACGGCGAAUUGGGCGAGGACCUACUGCACAAACGUGCUACAGCCACGGAGCAGUGGAGGUCCAAGAAGAGCAAGGAGAUCCAGGAUCACCUGGAGCGGGCGGAGUUGGCUGCACUCGUGGCCAUCGACAAAUCAGUCGAUCCCCUCUUGGGCAAGUGGAACCUGUUCAACGAGUUUGGUUGGAUGCAAACAACGACGAUCGAGGAGGACAUAGGCGAGCAGCUCUUCAUGGACGAGCUGGAG